CGAACCACGAACCGAUCUUUCAGCUUUGUCGACGAGACUGAAGAUGUGGUCAACAUCCACGCUGCUGUCACGAGGGAGCCAGGCGUCGACGACGGCAGCGCAAACAUCUAUCUAGGGACUCCGCGUAGACCUGAUAGUCCACAGGAUUAUCUUGCGCUACUAUCUGCCGCUUCUUCUCCAGUCCCAGAGUUGAUGUCACAUUCUCGAACCUCUGCAGUAAAGUCGCAAGCCUCAGAUGACGACCUCUCCAGCCGAGACAGUACCAGGAAGCACCCGAGACGCUUACGACCAAGACUCAACACGAACGCUACAAUAACAGAUACCGUUCGACAUCCAUCCAAAGAUGCCCAUGGCCACGACGAAGCAUCUGCAUCAAGCGGUCAUACCGGAUCCUCCAUACAAUGGGAUCUUCUUCACCUCGGUGAAGACCUGACACUCGACUUCCCUAAUAUUCAUCACAUCUUUGAAGCGAUAGAUCCCCAACUCGAGGACCAAUCUGCCGAUCAUGAUCGAACCUACGUCGAAAACCCCUUGUGGCCCCUUCAAGACCGUCAGGAAGCCUUUCUCUACAGAUAUUUCGUGGACAAUCUUGCCCCUCUUUUCGACAUGUGCGACAGCGAUAGACACUUUGCCAAGGUCGUGCCGAAGAGAGCAGUGUACUGCCCAACGCUACUGAACGCGAUGUUUUCGGCCUCCGCGAAACGCUUAAGCCGAACGAUUGGUGUCGAUGGAGUUAUUGCCGACCGAUACCAUCAAAUUUGCCUUCAAUCGUUGAUCCCGGCACUCUCGUCUUCGACGGCGGUUGUGGACGACAACCUCCUGGCUGCUGUGGUAAUUCUGCGUUUCACGGAAGAAGUCGAUAUUGGUUCAAUGACCCUCGAAUCCCAUCUGAUGGGUACCAAGAUUCUGCUCGCCGCACAGGAAAACGCCGCCGACUUUAGUACUCUGCGGCUGUCUGCCUUCUGGCUUGCCCUGAGACAAGAGAUAUGCAUGGCAUUUGUCCAUACCCGUCCGGUCCAUCAUAACUUCUUCCCAAGCAUCCAGCGGAUACAGGAACGCGGUAAUAGCGACGAGAAUGCCGUGGAUUGCUACUAUGCCAAUAAGGCCGUAAGCAUCUGUGCAAUGUGUCUUAGCUACUGUUACGGUCAGGAAGACAACUAUGUAAGAAGCUACGCGCAAUUGAAAGAGGAUCUCGAUGUCUGGUGGAAAGAGAAACCAUGGUACUUCGACGCGAUGUGGGCAAAUCCAGAAUCUGGUUUUUUGCUUGAAGAACAGUACAUCACCGACGCCGCUGUUACUGGUCUCCAGCACUAUCAUCUGGCUCGGAUGCUUUUGAUUGCCCACAGCCCCAAGGUUGCGAGGCUUGGUACGGCUUUCCGCGCAAUGGAGGAAGAACUCAAGCAGACUGUUCGGGUGAUAUGCGGCCUUGCAGUGGCGAACGAAAGAACACCUCCAGCAUAUGUGAACGCAUGCAUAGCAAUCACUAUGGCGGGCGAUCGUUUUACAGACCGAAAAGAACAAGAGGAGUUGUACAGGAUCCUCGUCAAGACUGACAGGCGGCUGGGGUGGCCGACCCUUGCGGCACAGUCUCAGAUCAGAGAAGCUUGGGGUUGGGAGGAUUCCCCAUCGCCCCCUGGGAUGCCUAUUGCAUCCAUGUUGAACGCGCGCGCGCGAGCUGGAACGGCGGAUUAGCCCUAAACCCAGUGAGCAACGCGACCUGUAGUGUUCUGUGUAAACCUAUUUUAAUAGUGAUUCGUACUCGUUGAACCUUUGC